GCUCGUGGAACCAAUCUGUCCAAAGGUUUACGUUACGAUGCGGCACACGAACGGCGUCGCAAGCUCCAACUCAGUCUAUUGUACGGUCGGACCCGGGAACAGGUGGAAGAAGAACAGACCCUGGUGCAGGAAUUGCACAAAAUUGAGGCCAGACGUCGAGAACGAGAACGAAAGAAACAGGAUUUGCAGAAGCUUAUCUCUCAGGCCGACGCGGUUAUUCAAAAUCAGGACCCGGGAGAUUGGGCCACUGGUGAUGCGGUUUUUGACACAUCAAUUCCCAUGAGUCUGGGCUCAGGUGGUCAAACCACUGGCGCGGGAGUUGGCUCCGGAGCGGUACAACGCAGACGUGCAGCCGGUGGAUCUGUUUCGAGCGUGUCUUCCGCAGCCACGUUCUAUGCACAUCCGGCCGGUGCGGAGAGUUCCGCCAGUUUGUCAAGCCUGGGACCGAGCGGAAGUAUCCCGGUUGGGGGUACUACAUCGGCCGCUACCAGUAGUGCUACUACAAGCAAUACAGACUUGAGUGUAUCUUUGGGAUCGGCCUCGAAUGCGGUUAGCUCACUCCUAGUAAGUGUUGUUUGUUCGAUUGUUAACUAUCUAUUGUAUCCCACUGUUGGAGACUGA